AUGUCGGGAGCCGAGAUUGGUAUCGCCGUCAUCGGGGCGGUAGCAGCCCUGAUCACCGCAUACAAGGACGCUGGCGCUAUUGUCGAGAACAUCAAGGAGAGACGCAAGGCAAAAGGCGCCCUACCUCCCAGUGUGGCCCUGGAGGAGUCCAUUCAAGAAGGCCAUCAAGAGAUUGAGAAGAUCACAGCAAAGGGCAUACGGCGGUUCGGGCCAACGUUCGAGCAAGGAGAUGAUAUUGCUCAUCGGGCUCUCCAGACCCUUACCAUCGAAGUCCAAGCAUCCUUCUUGCACCAUCUGAUGCUCGCCAGCAAAGACGACAAUGUCAUCGAUUUCGAGGCCUGCAUUGAUUCCGCCAUCGCUGCCCGGCUGCGCGCGGUCACUAUACUCAACGAACUCUAUUUGCGCCAGCAAAAACCUUCUAGUCCGAACUCGGAAGUGAGAAUGUCACUGCCCCAUGCAGAAGAGACGAAGGAGGUUGUCGAGGCUUCUCCAGAGCGCAGGAAGCAGUCUAGCUGGACCCCGGAACCAGUGCCUAUGCCAUCACGUAACACGCAGCGGCCGGCGAGACCAUCUCGACCCCCGUCAGAUGAGAUGAAGGAGGUCGUCGAGGCACCUCCAAGCCCCGAACGCAAGAAACGCAGUGGAAUGCUGGAGUCCGAGACACCUCCUAGCCCAGGCCAGGUUCCACGGAAGUCGUCCUGGAACGUCUUCAAGAAGUUGCAUCGAACUUCAUCUGCGGAGAAAGAAUAUGUAUUGACGCCACCACAGGCCACCUCACGGCCUCCUUCACAUGUCACCUCUCCAACAUCACCUUCAAUCAGAUCACUGGACGAUCCUCGGAGAUCCCAAGUCAUGACCCCACCAAUCAGCCCAGUAUCAACCGUUUCGUCCGUUGAUGUGCUGGCUGCCGCGGGCUUUUGUAAAGGGGCGUACUACAUCCAACAAGGAAUCUACGAGAAGGGAGUCCAGGUCUCAAUGAAGAAUAUGGAGUGGGCUUGUCACUGUCGAAAAUGUUCCUUUGCCACACCGGCAGAUCGAGACGAGCGAGGUCGAGCACGCUUCGACGACAAGCCCCACUCAACACGGAAUCUCCGCUGGCGGUCUCUCCUGCUCUUCAAAUCUCACAUAUCGUCUGGCUCUGGCCGGCAGAACACGACCCGGGCAUACAGAUGCCUGAUAUGCGUUCUUCUUGGUGAUUCAACCUCUGUCUAUCAAGGCGAACAUCCUCUGUUUGAGCACAUGUUCCACCACCAAGGUGGGGUCGUCAAUGGCGUCGAACUGUGGGGUCCGAUAUGUUUGGAGCCCAGCGGAGCCAGAAUGGGGUCCGAAAGGACGUUUGAUGUCUGCUUCGCGGAAAAUCCCAGAUUCGCUCCCCCCAAAGGAGCGUUUGAAAUGGGCGUCGCGACGGAGAUUGUCGAGGCGGAUGGCACGGAGAUUUACGAUAAUGAGGAUGUCUUUAAGAAUCAGUGGGUGGAUGAGGGACCGAGAUGA